AUGGAUCUUCUAUUUUUUUUAACAUUCUGUUUCUCAUUAGUGGGAACAUGCCAUCAAACUACUACCGACAAAACCUUGUUGAAAAAACAAGCUUAUGAGCUGUUUAUGCAUGGUUACCGGUCAUACAUGGACCAUGCCUUCCCCGCAGAUGAGUUGAUGCCGCUAUCUUGUAGGGGAAGAAUACGAGGUAUAACCCCCAGCAGGGGAGAUGUCGACGAUAGUUUAGGAAAUUUUUCCCUCACAUUGGUGGAUACUCUGGAUACAUUAGUUGUUAUGGGUGCUUAUGAUGAGUUUGAAAACGCUGUUCGCCUUGUAGUUGAUCAGGUUCAAUUUAACUCUGAUAUUGUUGUGUCUGUUUUCGAAACAAAUAUUCGAGUUUUAGGCGGUUUACUGUCAGGACAUAUAAUGGCAGAUUUAGUCAAAAAUCGCUUUCCGUCCCGAUUAGAAUGGUAUAGUGACCAGCUGUUAAAAAUGGCUGUCGAUAUAGCUAAUAGGCUUUUACCUGCGUUCAAUACAACAUCGGGUAUUCCGUACAGUCGAAUUAAUUUGCGGUAUGGUAUGCUGGAAUAUUUGAAACGACAGAAGGAUACUUGUACGGCUUGUGGAGGUACAAUGUUACUUGAAAUGGCGGCACUGUCACGUUUAACGGGAAAUCCGAUAUACGAGCAGAAAGCUCACAAAGCUAUGGAUUUUCUAUGGGCUCAACGUCACAGAGGCUCCGAUCUGAUGGGAACUGUUCUGAACGUUCAUUCAGGAGAUUGGGUGCGCAGAGAAAGUGGAAUUGGAGCUGGUAUCGACUCAUAUUAUGAAUAUUGCUUGAAAGCUUAUAUAUUAUUGGGUGACAAAGGAUAUCUCGAUCGUUUCAAUAAGCACUAUGAUGCCAUCAUGCGCUAUGUUCAUAAGGGACCAUUGUUUGUUGACGUCCACAUGCAUAGACCAACCGUAGCAACAAGAUCUUUCAUGGAUGCACUUCUAGCUUUCUGGCCAGGUUUACAGGUAUUAAAAGGAGAUGUUAAAAAAGCUAUUGAAACACAUGAAAUGCUUUAUCAAGUUGUGAAAAAACAUAAGUUUCUACCGGAAGCUUUCACACACGACUUCCAAGUUCAUUGGGGAGAGCACCCUCUCCGUCCAGAGUUCAUUGAAAGCACAUACUUCUUGUACCGAGCUACUCGUGAUCCACAUUAUUUGGAAGUAGCCAAGCUGGUGAUGGACAGUAUUGAGAGUUACGUGAAAGUUCCGUGCGGGUUCGCAGGCGUGAAAGAUGUCAGAACUAUGAACCAUGAGGAUAGAAUGGAUUCUUUUGUUCUUUCUGAGACGUUCAAGUACUUAUACAUGAUAUUCGCUGAGAAUGAAGAUUUGGCUUUCAAUCCUGAUGACUAUGUUCUGACAACUGAAGCUCAUUUUCUUCCUUUGAAUAUGGGAGAAGUGAAAAACGGUGCUCAGAGGCGAAUAUUUGUUCGACCUGAAGAUGUAAUUGAUUCGAUUUAUAUCUCUGCGAACCCUGUUCUUGUCGACACUAAGCAAUUUGAGCCCGAAGAAGCUUCUGAAAUCCGUGAGAGAACUAAGAGUGUGUUGGAAGAAUAUUUUGUUUUGAAUCAACAAUCUAGUCAACCACAGUGUGCCAAACCUUCCGAAAGGCUCAGGGCCUGGGCAUUUUCCGCAACAAACUCUGACCAUAUAAAAGUUUUACGUGACAUGGGCAUUGAAGUUGGAGUUCUCAGCGAUGGAAGAAUGCAGAUCACGCACAAUGCUGCGAACGCUGCUAACGCUGAUCUUGCCAAAUGGGGUAUGGAGUUUGUGCAGGAAAUGGUACAAUAUCAUAAGUACUUAGAGAAGGAAGUUGCUUCUGGAGGAAGAAAUGAUCGUUACGUACAAGUUCUGUCAGGCCCAUUUUACGGCUAUCCCCGUUUCCUAGCAUCACCAGCUCAAUUUGGCUACGAUUUGAAAAUGGGACAGGUGAACGGAUUGGUUGCUAUCGCUGAACCUUAUAGAGCAUGUAAGUCAUUGACCAAUUCCGAUAAGGUCAAGGGUCGCAUUGCUCUUGUUGAACGAUCAGAUUGUAUGUUUCAAGAGAAAGCUCGUAAUUCUCAGAAUGCUGGUGCUAUUGGGGUGAUUGUAAUUGAUCAUAAUCCUGACACAACUUCUGAACAUUAUCAGCAUUUUGCGAUGGCUGGAGAUCAAAAUUUACCAGAUGAUAUUACUAUUCCCGUUUUGUUCUUACAUGGAGUCGAAGGAGGCAAACUUCUGCAGGGAUUGAAAACUAAUCCCGAUCUACACAUAUACAUGUCUGUGGAUCCCAUAUCCUCAAACGCUAUUCUUACCAAAGUCUUCAAAGAUGGUGUCUUCUCUUUUCCGGUUUCGAACAAAGUUUGUGAAGUUACGGAAGGAGAUUUUAUCAUUUUGAAUCGAAACAUUCCAAGUGUUACUUUCAACUUUCGGCUUGGAGUAGUAACUCAGCAAAGCGAGCCAAUCGAGCAUCAAGCGAUUGUUGAAAGACAUGUGGUUCAGUUACAAGAUGCAAUUGACUUCGAUUUUUCAAGCCAUCGUUCUGCUUUUUUCAGUCUUCUUAGGUUCGCGGCUUACGAAGCAUUAGAACUAAAUGUGCAGCCUGAGGAACUCAAAACUGUGGAGGGUGCUUUGAAAUCUGCGCGUAUACUGCGUCUACCGCCCUAUGUAAAUAAGGUGCUUCCUGGAGAAAUCACGAGGGUACACUGUUCCCCAAAGGAAAGUAAGAUGAUAUGUGUCAAAGUGGCAGUAUGA